AUGGACUACGUCAAUAUUGCAUUGCAAACUAAAAACCAAACCAUAGAUGUAGCUGUUAAAAUGUUGAACGGUUUAAUAAAAUCAAUUCAAGAAAUACGGGAAAAUGGUUUUCAAAAAUGUCUGAGUGAGGCAAAAGAUAUGGCCAAAUCCUUAAAUAUUACUUCUAAAUUUACCAACAAACGUACCUCUGUUGAAUCAAAAGACACAGAAAAUAAAUUUAGAGCUCAAUGUUAUGAAGCAUUAGAUUCUAUUCUAUCCAGUUUAUGUUGGAGGUUUGAAAAAAUGUCGCAAAUCGCAUCUGAUUUUAAUUUUUUGUCUGGUAACUUAUUAUCAACUAUGGAGUCUGAAAAAAUAAAACUCUGGGUUAAUGAUUUGGCAUUGAAGUAUGAUCGAGAUUUAAACGCUGCAGAGUUGUAUUCUGAAAUUGAGAAUUUCAAAUAUCAGGCUCCAUUAUUAAUGACAAAAUUUGAGAAUGCAACUCAGUUAGAUAUUCUAAAGCAUAUUCAUCAGUACUCUUUAAAAGAUUUAUAUCCGAAUUUAGAGGUAGCACUACGGAUAUUUUUAACAAUUCCUGUCACUACGGCUUCUUGUGAAAGGAGUUUCAGCAAGCUGAAAAUCAUAAAAAAUUAUCUAAGAUCAACAAUAAGUCAAAAUCGUCUCACCGGAAUGGCUAUAUUAUCUAUAGAAAAAGAUAUAGUGAGGACAAUUUUAUUUGAUGAUGUCAUUGAUCAAUUGCUUCAAUUAAAUCAAGAAAAGUACCUUUGUAAUAUUGUGUAA